AUUCGAUGGUAUUUGACUCAUCAUUGAACACAGACUGUACCCUUUUCUACAAAAAUAUUUUGACUUUAAAAAUUCAUAUUCAAGAACCAAUAUCCUUUAAAAAAGAAAGUAAAAGUUUAAUAUUUCACUUGUCAUAUUUAACUGGAUUUCGGAUUACGUUAGACAUCGGAUGAUUUUAUGCAAGGUUCAGUUAUUGCAUCAGGUUGACCAACAUUGACGGUGGUUGACUAAUGGUAUUUUAGAAGAUAACAGGGUACUAUCGGAUUAUUUGAUAACUAAUAAUACUGUUGACCGAUUGACUCCCGGGUAUAAUCAAUGUUUGAUUUUAUGUGGCUCGUCGUUGGAAUUUGAUAAAGAUCGGCUGUGGCCAAAGAGUAAAACUAACGUACUGCAUUUUUUAUGACGGGAGAAAAAUGAAAACUUUUGCCAUUGGUUGUUUCAUGAUAGUCCUGCUAUUGGUUGGUUGUUUAUGUCAUGACAACGAGGAAUCUAUAAUCAACGAUUCUCCAAUUCGCUUUCGGAGAGAGGUUCAUCGAGGAGGAAUUAGAUCGAUGGCUUACACCAGACAAUCCGGACUUUAUGGAACUAAACUCAGACGCAGUCGCAGACGUCGCUGUCCAAAUUGGAUAAUGAGGCUUCUGAGGAGAUGUUGAUUGAAUUAUGGAUGUUUUACUUUCGGAAAUGUCGUUCAACUGCGCUUCUGGAACUGUAGAUAUCGUGCCCUAGACUUGAUGAUGAAAAUUUUGAUCUUGGUUUUAUAAUUCAGGUUAUUAUGGUGUGUUCUCCAGAAAUAUGUGCACGUGCCCUUUAUCAUCAUUUAUCAAAAAUUACGUAGAUGUGAACACUUUAUGUAGAUGAUGAUAGAUAGCACUUCCAUUUCUUGAUCUCUUUACGUGUCAUAAAAUGUAGCCGUUUAAAAUGAAUUUGUUCAUAUUUUUUUGGAAGCCUAUGUUUUCGAAACAAGUUAGAUAUACAUGUACUUGAGGAAUGAAAUGAUGUCGAUUUUUAGGAUGUAUCACGAAACCCAGCAUUAAAAAAUCUUCUUAAUCCCUAAAUGAUGCAUUAGUUGUAUAAAAUAAUUGAUUAUUAAUUCUGAAGCGAGAAAUAUCACUGCUGUCCACACGCGACCCUCGAUACAUGAAAGAUAAAUUUCGCUGUAAUUACUGAACAGGUUGCGUUCCAAGUUCAGCGCAAAUAUUACACCUUAUCAUUUUUAAUCUCUUAAGAUUUUUAAUCUCGCUAGACCUUAUCAUUCUUAAUCUAAUUAGAUCAGCAUUGCGCAUAACACAAUGCCUGUACGUCUCUGCCACAAAUACACGUCACUGGUAGAAAUGGAAUUUUUAUUUCUCUAAAAGAAUUCAGGAACAAUAUUUGUGAGUAUAAUAGUAAAUAUAUUUAUCUAGUAUGACAAUAUCAGAAAAAAUAACUGGGUCCACUCUUUGCAUACAAUGGUUCUGUUCAUAUGAAGAUGAUGAGUGUCAAGUAUAAAAACAAUUCUAUCAGUAAUCAUAUACUAAAAUGACGUUGCAGGUUCUGCUUUAUACAAAUUGUUGAAAUAUUUCGUGAUGAUCUGAUUCUGUUUGCUGUCACAUCAAUAAGUACUUCCGGCAGCACCAGCUACUACGUCAUAAAAAAGAACGCCACUAUGACAAUUUAACGCACCACUUUUACACAAUGUGUAGCAGUGAAUCUAAUGACUUUUGUUGUGAUAUAUCAUUUUAUGUUUGGGUGUCAUCUUGUCGACCAGUCAACUCUUUUUAACACAUGCACUAUUUUUUUUAAUAGGGCAUUUAUUUUAUGUGAAAAGGUACAUUGUAGGAUCGUUAUAAAAAAGGAACUAUAUCUUAUGCAACUUUAAAUUCGGAAGGUGUAGAUUGGAUAGAAGGAACUACUUAUCCGUAUACCCAAUCUUAAUACUAUAUCUUUUUCUCUUCGUCUUCGUGCUGUUUUCUGAACUGAACUGAAUUGAUUUCUCAUCACAAUUACACAAUUGUAUACAGAGAUUUAGUACAUAUACUUUAUAUAAAAGUGAUGGUAAUAUAUCACUAAUUGUUUUAAGACAUGCGUGAGUAUGGAGAUAGGCAACAUGUGAAAUUUUAGAUUAGAGUAGUCAUUGGGUCGGGGAGCAUAGUUUAUUAAUAUUUCUUAUAAAGGAACACAAUUUUCUUAGAAAAGAUUGCUUGUUUGAAUUCAUCAUAUUUUUAAAAGUUUGGUGAUAAACAUUGUUUUCUUAUAUCAAUCAGAGAUUUGCAAUUAAACAUGUAGUGGAAUUCAUCACCAAUUUCAUUUAAAUCACAUUUAUUACAAUGUCUUGUUUCUCGGGGCUCGUUUCGCCAGCGUCCACUUUCAAUAGGUAAGUGAUGAUUACAGGUUCGAAAUUUACAAAAGGUUAUAGCACCUUUUCUGGGUAGGAUAGCCAAAUAUUUUUUUAAAUUUUAAUUCAUUGUACAUUCUGUAGUUUAUAGUUUUUGAUAGCGUUUUGAUGUCAGAAUUCCACUUUUGCUUGAAUUGAUCGAGUAAAAUAAGUUUUACUUUUGACUUUAGCCAGUUUGGAUUACAUGUGUUAUUUUGCCAAAUGUUUGAAAGUCCGCAAUUGUUAAGGAUAUUUGACACGUUCUUGAACCAAGCAAUCUCAUUCGCAUAUUGGUUUGUAACAUUAUUACUCAGUUUUAACAGGAGAUUCGCUAUUUUUAGUCCCCUACCGACGAAGUCGAGGGGACUUUAGGUUUGCGCUCCGUCCGUCCGUCUGUCCGUCAAUCCAGUUUUCCGCACCUUUUUCUCUGUUCUUGCAGAUAUUUAUUUUAUAUUUGGUAUGUGGCUUUGCCAUAACAAGUUACAGAUCAAGUUCGAAUUUCGUCUCGGUCCGUUGAUUUUUCACUUAGUUAUGGCCCUUGAAUUUAGAAAAAUAGCAUGAAUAAUCAGUUUUCCAGUUGUUUUUUUUAUUUGGUUGUGCUUGCAGAUAUUCAUUUGAUAUUUGGUACAUUGCUUUGUCAUAACAAGUUACAGAUCAAGUUUGAAUUUCGUCUCGGUCCGUUGAUUUUUCACUUAGUUAUGGCCCUUGGAUUUAGAAAAAUAGCAUGGAUAAUCAGUUUUCCAGUUGUUGUUUUUUUGGUUGUGCUUGCAGAUAUUCAUUUGAUAUUUGGUACAUUGCUUUGUCAUAACAAGUUACAGAUCAAGUUUGAAUUUCGUCUCGGUCCGUUGAUUUUUCACUUAGUUAUGGCACUUGGAUUUAGAAAAAUAACAUGAAUAAUCAGUUUUCCAGUUGUUUUUUUUUUGGUUGUGCUUGCAGAUAUUUAUUUGAUAUUUGGUACAUUGCUUUGUCAUAACAAGUUACAGAUCAAGUUUGAAUUUCGUCUCGGUCCGUUGAUUUUUCACUUAGUUAUGGCCCUUGGACUUAGAAAAAUAGCAUGAAUUAUCAGUUUUCCGGACUUUUUUUGGUUGUGCUUGCAGAUAUUCUUUGAUAUUUGGUACAUUGCUUUGUCAUAACAAGUUACAGAUCAAGUUUGAAUUUCAUCUUGGUCUGUUGAUUUUCCAUUAAGUUAUGACACUUGGACGUAGACAAUUAGCAUGAAUUGUUAGUUUACAUCCAAGUUUCUUAUCUCUGUAGAUAAGAAUUAAGAAUACUACACUCAUUAAAACUUCUAGCAUAGUAAUACUACAAUAUAGAUAAAUUAUUCAUGAUCACCUACAUGUCACAGUUUAUUGACUUGGUUAAAGACCUAAACCUCAUUAUAAAUUUGUCUUUUUUCUUGGUCUAGUCUCUACUCGAAUAGUAGUUGAUUUCCAAUCAUUCCUAUCCUGGUUCCCCACUUUUACCUUUUACCAUAACCUACAUAAUGAACUUUGAAUAUUGUUGUGGUACAGCGAUUUUUGCAACCGGUAGGGGACUAUGUAUUGCCAUGCAAUGCUCUCAGAAUGCUUGUUUUUUUUUAAUAAGUGCAAUUUUGUGCCAAAAUGAGUUAAUACGCGUUUGUAUUUGUAUGUGCAUGGGAUGUCGACCAAGUUCACCGUACACAAUGCAGUCGGGGGUAGAUUGUUUUAAUUUCAAUAAUAAUUUGCAAAAUUUAAGGUGGACUCUUUCUAUAAUUGCAUUAUUUGAAAAUCCCCACACAUUUCACAGCCGUAUAAUAAGAUGGAUUGAACAAUUUUAUCAAAUAAGUCUAACUGACCAUGUAUUGAUAGGUUAUGCAAACGUCCUUUUUUAAGAAUCUCAUAAACUGCUUUAUUGGCUUUUUCUACUUGUUUUUGUUUGGCUUUUUUGAAUGAUCCUGAUGUGCUAAAUAAGAUACCCAGGUAGUUAAUGUCGUCAACAAUUUCAAUGUUUUUGUCGCCACAUACAAAAGUAUGAUUCCGUUUUGGAUUACCCUUACUGAUUAUCAAGAUUUUUGUUUUGUUAACGUUUAUCUUUAAAUUCCAUUUUUCGCAAUAUUUAUAAAAAAUGAUCAAUUUGGACCUGUAAUUGUUUUGCAGAUUCAGCUAUCAAGACAGUGUCAUCGGCAUAUAAUAAUGCAAACAAUCUAAAGUACAAAUUCAAAUGUUGUUCAAACAUUUCAGAUACCGUAGGUAAACCAUCAACAACAUCAGACAAAUCACUCAUUCAGUUACAAGUACGUUUUGUCUUAGAGAUCCCACAAUAGUUUGGUCGACAAAGUAUCUUGCAAUUGUGCAUCAUUUUCCAUGGCUGAUGAAAGAAUUCACCAAAGAAGCAAGAAUUAGACGCCAUUGUUAUGACGGCAAUCUCAACGUCAUUUUUAUUUACGGGAAUUUCUGUCUGCAUUUUGCUGAGAGGAGAUAGUUAUGGUUAUACUGUCGGAAGAGAGUUCCUGUUCGGAAUGUUUUCAUUACACGACAAAGAAAACCAGUCGUUCACUAUCAACAAUCCUUCUGUGGACAAAACAGCUAUUGUGAACAUAACCAGAAGAGGAUUUUCAACCAUACAGCAUACUGUUCUGGGAAAAGAAUCGCUCCAUGUAAAUGAGGCAGCAUCCAACGAUUCCUUUCUCGUGCGAUCAGACCAAGACAUAUCAGUGCACGGCUUAUUUGGAAGGUACAGCAUUCAGUACGAAAUUCUUCCAAUCACAUCCACUGGGACAAAGUACACGUUGGUCUAUGGAGUAAAUUUUAAUGUUUCGGCGACAGUUUGCUGUAUAACAGCGCUACAAAAUGAGACAACGCUCACGAUCACAACACCGUAUGCUAGGAACAUGAAAUUUUCGAACAUGUCAAUUCGCUCCUCAAAUGUUAAUCUAUCGAUGGUGGAAAUGCAAAACAUUCAAAUUUCUAGUCGCCAAAAUUUGCACAACAUAUCAAUAAAGUCGUCUGCGUUGAUAUCCGUCAUUUGUGGGCAACUUGAUGGCAUCAAUAACGUCCGUGUUCAUCUCCCACCGAGUGAUACCUGUGUGACGUCAUACGAAGUUCCAUGUUUCAAUAGGAGCAGAGUUCCUUCAGGAGAAAUACACAUCCGGAUCAUCAAGAUAUAUCCGCUUUUUCAGGACUCUGUAGAUAUAUAUAUUGAUGGAUUACAGGAUAAUAAAACCAAACAAGAGAAGUCCAUAGACGCGUCGUUUAAUGUAACAGCAGAUGGCCCAUUCUGUAUCCGAUCUCAUAUUCGAAAAUGGAAAUCUAGAAUUACAAAAUUUGUAAAUGAUGAUUUUCAAUUCUUAAUGGACAAAGACAUUUCAGCGAUUCAUUGCCGAAAUAAACCUCAGAAACAUAACAAUACGCUAUCUGGAAAUGAUAACAAGACAGACCUUUGCAUGUGUUCAUGCAAAACUAAACCUGUAUGGCACAACUUGACACAAGUAGAGAUGUCACGAUGGCUGCAGAUGUACGAAGCGAAGACUCGUAAGGAACUACUUCUUGGGAAGAGAAACCUGAUGUCUUCCAAAAGACGUAGAAUCAGCGCCUCUGAUCCACGCCCCUCUGCCAGACGAAUCGGUGUGAUUGGUGCAGUCAUUAUUUGUGGUGUAGUUGGUGCAAUCGUUUCUUUAGACUCUCCUCGAAUUUGGAAAUAUUUCCGCAGAUUGAAUGGGGAAAUUAAGCCAGAAUAUCUAAGAGAGCCUAAGACCAAAGUAAACAUUAGGAAGUGAUUGCAAUUAAUUUGACUUAAACUGUUUGUUACGACAUUUAAAUGGACUCUUUACAGAAUCGCUCCGAGCUAAUGACUCACUGAAUUUGAUGGUUUUUGGAAUACGUCACAUUCAAAACCUUCCACGUGAGAAAAAAAUAUCUCUUGCUGUGGUCUUGCGACAUUUAGAUAUAUCAACGACGUUAUAUCAAUUAGCAAUAAUAAUUUUCAUUUAUGUCGAUUCGAUUAUAUCCCCGUGAACUCGAAAUAAAAGACACCACAGAGUCGUCCAUCUCU